UUUUCACUGUAGUUUGAAAACAAGAACAAUAUUAGUGACAGGUAUCCAGAGUUCUGAAUUUUAUUUCACAGGUCUAAAAGUGGAUUCUUUACAAAAUGGCUCGAAGCGGGAAGAAAUGAGACUCUUCUACUAGGCGGAGCAGAGCGUGCUGAGCGAGCUCACAGUUUCUCUUAGAGAAAGUAAAGGGAAGCCAAAGCGGUGCUAUGGCUAAAGAGAAGAAAAAGGUAUCGUCCAAGGGAAGGAAGAUCACGCUCAAAAUCGCCAGGAAUGCCUUGAAGGUGACAGUGGAUGGCAAGCGGCGCCUGGACCUCAGCAACAUGGGCAUCGAUACCUUUCCCAAGUGCCUGCUGAAACUGGCUGCAGUGGAAGAGCUGGAUCUGAGCAGAAACACACUGAAGAAGAUCCCUGACUACAUCGGGCAGUUCCUGAACCUGCGCUGGCUGGACCUUCACAGCAACCAGAUUGAGCGACUGCCAGAAACCAUUGGACAGCUAAAGGGCCUGUGCCACCUAAACCUGUGCAACAACCGCCUCAGUUCUUGUGGAAUCCCUGCUGAGAUUGGGCGCCUGACCAGCCUGCGAAGCCUCAACUUGGGCAUGAACCGCCUAGACCACCUACCGGGCUCCAUCACAAACCUCCAGGAACUGGAGGAGCUGGGCCUCUUUGACAACCUUUUCACAGCCGUGCCAGAGAGUGUCCUGUGCUUGCCGGCGCUCACCAGGCUCAACACCAAGCGGAACCCUUUGUUGAGUGUAGGUGAGGCAGGGGACACAGAGUGUGUCCAGCCCAUGGAACGCCUGUACCUGGUACGUGAGGAAGACCUCUGCGAUUCUUGCCUCCGAAAAUGCAAGGAGGACAGGAAGAGGCUGGACAAGUGGUGCGCCGACACCUCCCAUGUUAAGACAAGAUUCUCAGGGCUCAUCACGCCGAAUUCCAUAGCGCGACAACAUCAAGCUCUGUGGAGGUGCGCGGCGAAAACCUCCUCAUAAGGAGACUGGGGGUAACGAGAGCAGUAUAGAACUGAUAAUCGAUAAGCAGAUACGACAGUGUGUAUUUCAUUUAUAAAUACAACUUUUAAUUUUCCUGUCAUCAACCUCAUAGUACUUCAUGAAAUAUUCAUUAAAUAUGCUCUACAUCUGAGCGCAAACAGGAAAUCCCAAUCAGAACAGGUCCUUGGCUCUCAAACAGAAGAAUAAAAAUGUUGUGCCAAGGCUUUGUUGGUCUAUUAAGACAAACAGGAACAAG